AUGAGCGGUGGUGGGAUUAGGGCUUCGAUUCCGAACAAUACGAGGAAGCUGAUCCAGAACAUCAAGGAGAUCACAGGUAAUCAUAGUGAAGAAGAGAUUUAUGCAAUGCUUACGGAAUGUUCUAUGGAUCCCGAUGAGACCACCCAGAAGCUUCUCCUUCAGGAUUUGUUGAAUGUGCAGGGUAACUUCAUCUUUGAUAGUGUUGUUUCUAUGAAUGCUCAUUUGCUGCUGGAAAAGCUUCUAUCCCAUUUUGACUUAGUGGUUGCAGUACACUUUUCACGAGGUCAAAAGAAAAAGGACAGAAGAAAGGAGAAUCUUAACAACAGAGAGUCUGGGGAGUCACGCUGGAAACCUGGCACUCAAGGACGGGGUGUUAGGGGUGGGGGUGGUCGAGCAAGUUUUUCAUCUCAUCAUGUGUCGCAUGAUGCUGUUGGAAGCAAGAGUUCUGAUACAGGCAAAGAUAAUGGAACCAAUCAAGUCACUGAGAAAAGUGCACUGUCAUUGCCAGCUUCUCAAGAGACAAAGAACAAAGAAAGAGGUUCUGAAGCUAACUCUGUUCCUGUUACUGCCAAUGGUCCUACAAUUGUUGCUUCUGGAAAUACUGGCAGCGUGAAUCAUUCCUCCUCAUCUGGUAGAAGUGAAGGAACAGGUGUAUCUUUUGGUGGCAAAAAUAGUUUGGGUAGUAAUUUACCUUCUGAUACUUUAAACAAAGGUCAAGUGCUGGUUCCUCCCAAUGAUUUGCGGUCUUCUGGUGCUGUUGGUGCCAUUAGACAUGAAGUGGGAAACCAACGGCCUCCUGGUGACUUCUAUGCUGGUAACUUGGCUGAUAACAAGGCAACCGCUGUUUCUGAGACUGUUAGCUCUUCUAUGCAAGGAAAAAUUAUUGGCAAAUCCCCUGGAGCGACAAAAAAUCACCUUUCUGAGUCAGCCCCAUCUCCGACGACAGCAACAAACGCAAACACUUCAAAUAGUCGCCCAUCAUCUAAUUAUAGCAAUCGCUCACAACAAUUACUUGGCUCUCAGAAAGCUGGUUCUAACAAAGAGUGGAAACCGAAGCCAACAAAUACAAUUAAUCAGGGUUCUGUAGCAGCCGGUUCAUCUGAGGCUGCUCCUGUCUUGGCUGAGGAAGCUGGGAAGCUGCAGUCAGCACCUUGUGUUCUUGACUCUGAAGAAGCUUCUUCUAAACUACGAAGGAAGCUGGAGGAUUUACAUCUUCCACAACCUCAUGUUAUACUACCCAAUCAUAUCUUUGUCCCUGAUUCUGAGAAGACAAAAUUUAGUUUUGGGAGUUUGGGAACACCAUUUGGGGUUCAUACGAGCCAUGUUAGCACCCCAGAUAGUGAGAAGAGUUCUACACUUCUUUCAGAAACAUCACAGGGUGUUGAAGAAACCACGGAUGAGCAAACCUCAAGUCAAAAAGCUGCAGUUACUGCUGAGGAUGGAGAUUAUCCUGACCAUGCACAAUCACCCACUAAUGCACCCGAGAACUUGCCAUCUAGUGAGGUGGAUGUGUCAUCCAGCGCUAUUCAGGAGUACAAUGAAUCCAAGCAAGAUGCUGCUUUGCCAUCGGGAGGACAUCAACACUCAGCAGCGCAGACUUCUCCAAACUACAGUUUUGGCUUUGUGCCCCCGAUGCUGGGAACCCAACUUCCACCAUUUGAUAAUUCUGAGUCUCAAGCACUUGAUAUUUCUCGGCUUCCAAGCUUUGUUGUCCAUCAACCAUUUGAUCCAACUAGUUAUUAUGCCCAGUUUUACCGCUCAGGUGCUGAUGGUGAUGGCCGUCUUUCCCCUUUUCAGUCUGCUGGGGUCUCUGCCAAGUAUGGUGGCAAUGUUACAGUUCUUCCUGCACCAAACUCUCAGUCUCCUCAAGAGGGUGGUGUCCUUUCUACAGCAGGACCAACCCCCCUUGUUACUCAAGCUGCUGGUCUGAUGCAAAGCUCCAUAGCGGUGACUCAGCAGCCUGUCACUGUCUUUCGACCCCCAAGUGGGGUUCAUAUAUCCCAUUAUCCCCCAAAUUAUAUUCCCUAUGGUCACUAUUUCUCCCCAUUUUAUGUUCCCCCUCCAGCAAUCCACCAGUUUUUGGGUAAUGGUGCAUUUCCUCCACAACCUCAGGCUAGUCCUGUAUAUCCACCUCCUCCAGCAGCUGCUGCGGCGGGAAUGAAAUAUCCACUUCCUCCAUACAAACCCGGAACCAAUGCUACAAACCCAGGUCACAUUGUAUUGCCGAGUGCCUACGGAGCCUAUGGCUCCUCUCCAGUUGGUUAUAAUCCUAGUUCCACAGCAACUGCAGGAAAUUCAAACUCUAAUGAAGAUCUAGGUCCCUCCCAGUUCAAGGAAAGUAACGUAUACAUCAAUGGGCAGCAGAGCGAAGGUUCAGCAGUUUGGGUGGCAGCGCCUGGCAGAGAAAUGUCCAGUUUGCCAACUAGCUCAUUCUACAGCCUUCCACCUCAAGGUCAGCAUGUGACUUUUGCCCCAACGCAGGCUGGCCAUGGCACCUUUGCUGGCAUCUACCACCCUGCGCAAGCAGUACCAGCCACAACGGUUCAUCCACUGCUGCAACAGUCGCAGACAAUUGCUGGAGCAGUUGACAUGGUGGGACCUGGAGGCAGUGUUUAUCAGCAGCCUCAGCAUUCGCAAAUGAAUUGGCCGAGUAACUACUGAGUUGGACUCGGAUAUCACAUCUUCCUGACUGCUAGAUAUUUUGAGUCCUUUCUGGGGAAAAAUUUUGGGAAACUCCAUAAUGUAGUCGGAGUUUCACGAGGAAGACAUGGCAAUUGGAUGAUGCAAUUUGAGUGUAAGAAGCUGGAAAAUUUGCCAGUAACCUUCUGAUUGCUUGGGUUGAUGACAUGAAAGGUACAGUCCGCCUGUAACCAUUGAAAAGUUAGAUGAUAAGGUAGAAACAUAUGCAGGCCUUCUCUUUCUUGCUCCUGCUAUUUUGUGUUACCAUAUGAACCCUCUUUUUUCUUUCAUAGCUCCAACCCUUUCCCCUCUCUUUUAUUGAGGGCCUUGAACUCUCUAUUUAGGAGCAGUGUUGAGUGGCGAGAAAUGUUGUUCAUUCUUUGUUUUUUGUUUAAUAGGGUUGGGAAGGUAUAGGUUGGUGGGGAAAGUUUUUGACGCCUUUUGUCUUUUACCUGUAAAGUGAAUUUUGAUAGCAAGAAAAUUAUUUACUGGAGCAAAUAUUGUUGCUGUGGCACUCAGGAAGACUGUGGGGAAUAGGAAUAGGUUUGUGAAAUUAUUUCUUAUAUUAUAUCCCUUUAAUUUCCCUCAUUGAUUGGCCAGUAUUUAUUAACCCCCUCCAGCUUUUUCCCUGUUAGUUUUAGGGGAAUGAAUUGUUUGGGAUAAUUUGCCUGGUCUUUGAAGAUGAGCAAGACAGUGCUUAUCUAAAUUUAGGCCUUUGAUUACAACAUUGGAAUGUAGAUUCUGUAUUAUUUUAAUGUUUUUAUUUUUUUUUAACUUUUAAGAGAA